AUGUCGUUCAAAGUCUGUCUUGUCACCUGUGGUAUCGCUCUUCUCUCCUGCGUCCUGCUAGCCGCGUUCGAUUCUUGGCUGCGCUGCGACGACGUCUUUGGGACCGACGGGCAAGAACAUCUCGGCGUGUUGCGCAAUGGCGAUGCCGGUCUCAUUGACGCCGUGGCAAACGGAGGUCUUUUUUUGCAACAGGGCGCGCCUCAAACGUCUGGGGGCGGCAACGCUUCAACCGAUACUCGCAGCGCGCCUUUAGCCGUCGACGUGGAUAGAAACUACGUCGUGGCGGUGAUUGUGAUGGGCGCCCCGCCUCUGCCUGAGGGGGUUAUCAGCGGCACCACCAAGGCGCGGCUCCUGCACGGUCUUCGCACCGCACUCUUGGCGGGGGCGCCGUGGGUUAUUGUUCCAGGCGGCGAAGGAGAGCGGAGAAGCGCUGAACAAUUUCUCUGGAGCUUGGAGCACCCGCCGGUGGCGCUCUUUCCUGACGCCAUGCUCUCGGAGCUGCCACCCAAGCUGCAGAGGCUUGCAGAGCAGAUGCGGGACUCGAUGUCGUUCGACACGUCGCUCAAGAGCUGGAUUCGGCGGGGGCGGGUAGUGAAGCGUCUCUCGCAUCCCUCGCCAGGCGACGAGGCGACGAGGGCGGAGGACAUGUCAUCCCCGCGUCUGCUGCGCUACGGCGCUGCCGAGUGGAUUAUUCCCGGCUUUCUCUGGGGCGACCCCGAUGACGUGGGUGGGGCUGAAGCGAGGACAGGCGCAGAGCAGGCGGUGAUGCUGCUGCAGCGGCGGCUUUUUGAGGCGCAUGCCGAUUUUCUGAACGAAAGCAAGCAGGAGCGACGGACGGAACAGCAACUGCAGCCGCGCCACGGUUGCUUUAAUGUGAUUGUCGUGAGUAGCAUGCACAAUGAGCGGUACUCCAGGGCGCUGGUGUACAAGACCAUGCGUCGUGACUGGGUGCUGUGGUCCACGUCGCUGGGCGCCCCGCCGUGGUCACCACCGCAAACGAAGCCACAGCAGCGGCAACAGACCUCCGUCGACUGUCUUCACGUGCUUGUGACAUCUGCCGACGACGCGGAGCCCACGUGGAACGUGCCGUCGCCACUGUUUGUUCCAGGGCCGAUAAAGUCCAUGACGAACUUCUCCCUGCAGUCCAGUCUCCUGGCGCGUUUUCUGGGCGUCUACGCGCACGCAAUCCACGCGAACUACCGGCGUUGGUUCGCCUGCCUGCAGGUUAGCCUGCUGUCGUACCGCACCCUCAGCCUCGUCAACGAGAUAUGCAGGGUUAUUCUGGCGCACUUAACCGAGACCCUCUCGGAGCGGGACCUCGCGUACUCCGCCUUCGACAAACCGACGGAAGGUUGA